AUCGAUUUGUCGGUCAACAGCCGUGGAGAUGCAUUUUCGCGUCUAUCUCUUUCUCUCUCCUUCCGUCUCUCUCUUGUAUCAUCGAUAUUUCUAUGCGUUUAUUGCAUUUUUUUUGCUGUGUUAUCGCGCGUCCUUGUGCGAUUUGCCAAUCUGUGGCGACGUAGCAGAAUUUCGGCUAUCGCACAAAAGUCUCAUCUCGGUUGGAGUUUCGCGCAUUUUUCAAUCAUCUCACAGAAUUGCGUCGAGUAUGAAUCCAGCACGAGAAAACGUUGAAAACGACGGAGAUAAUCAACAGGGAUAAAAAAUGUUUCGCGAAGAUCUCGUAUUUUGACAUAUAGUAAACAAUAGCUAUACAUUUCGUCACUCGUGUUAUUUCGCAAACGCAAGCGCAGCCAUCGAUUUAGACAUACUUAUAUCACAAUAUUCAGCAAUACGCAAGAAAAUACUUCUUUGAUUUUAGAUUCACAUAAUCGGAACGUCCAAGAUAAUCGAGUCUUUCAUAUUUCUCUCUUUUAUUUGCGCUGAAAUUCGCUGAUAUGAGUAGCGUACGUUGUUGCUUGAUUAGCGCGGGUCGAUUGGUGUCCUCUAAUCAUGUCAACAAUCAUGUACAUAAAAUUGUGAGAAUUGUUGUGGCUAGUAGAGCUUUGACAAUUAGCAGCAGCUUAGCAAAAACUCCAACCGAACCUACACCACCUUCCAAAAAUACUACCACAUCUAGUGGAUCUACUAGUAAUGGCACUGGUGGUGGAAAAAAGAGCACGCUCACCUGUCCAAAAUGUGGAGAUCCUUGUACUCAUGUUGAGACAUUUGUAUCAUCUACAAGAUUUGUCAAGUGUGAGAAGUGCCAUCAUUUCUUUGUUGUACUGUCAGAGAUUGAUUCAAAAAGGAGUUUGAAAGAAGCGCUGAGACCAGAAGAUGGUAAGCAAGGAUUCUACAGGAAACCACCUCCACCUCCAAAAAAGAUAUUUGAAUAUCUGAAUGGACAUGUUGUGGGUCAAGAAUAUGCUAAGAAAGUGUUAAGUGUUGCCGUUUACAAUCACUACAAGCGAAUUUAUAACAAUCUACCAGUACAAAACUCGCAGGCGCAAACCAACAUUAAUCCGAUCAGCACGCAGGAAACGAAUCAUCCCUUCACUCACAGAGGUCCUAAGCCACAUUUGCUGCAUAUAUCGGGUAUUGGAAAUCCAUUUCCUGGUGUCGGAUUUCAACAUACUAUCAAUCCAGGAGGCGAGCAGAAGACAAGCAGUCAAACUACACCUGGAUCGGCUAUAUUAGAUAGCAAGCAGCAUCAGCUGAAAUUAGAAAAGAGCAAUAUAUUGUUGCUUGGUCCUACAGGUUCUGGUAAAACAUUACUAGCACAGACAAUAGCGCAAUGUUUGGACGUUCCAUUCGCUAUCUGUGAUUGUACCACUCUUACACAAGCGGGCUACGUUGGCGAGGACAUUGAAAGUGUCAUAGCUAAGCUUCUUCAGGACGCAAAUUAUGUAGUAGAUCGUGCUCAAAUGGGCAUCGUCUUUUUGGAUGAGGUUGACAAGAUCGGAGCUAUACCUGGAAUUCAUCAAUUGCGAGACGUGGGCGGCGAGGGUGUGCAGCAGGGAAUGCUAAAAAUGUUAGAAGGAACGAUUGUGAAUGUACCAGAGAGGAAUAGCUCGAGAAAGCUGCGCGGAGAGAUGUUACAAGUGGACACGACGAAUAUUCUUUUCGUUGCGUCGGGCGCUUACAGCGGCUUGGACAGGCUAAUCGCGCGACGCAAAUCAGAAAAAUAUCUUGGAUUUGGCGCGACGCCCGCAGCCGAGAGCCCGGGCAGAAGAGCGGCGACUUUGGCCGAUGUCGCAAAUAUGUCACCUUCUACCGAGAAGGACAAUAAAGAGAAGGACAUGUUAUUGCAACAAGUUGAGGCCAGAGAUCUUAUCGAUUUCGGCAUGAUACCAGAGUUUGUCGGCAGAUUUCCCGUACUUGUUCCUUUUCACACUCUCGACAGGGACAUGCUAACGAGAAUUCUCACCGAACCGAAGAAUGCUAUUGUUCCUCAAUAUCAGAUGUUAUUCUCAAUGGAUAAGGUGGAGUUAACGUUUGACAUAGACGCAUUGAACGCAAUUGCCUCUUUGGCAAUGGAAAGAAAAACGGGUGCGCGAGGUUUACGAGCGAUAAUGGAGUCUUUACUUUUGGAACCCAUGUUUGAAGUACCAGGAAGUGAUAUAGUGUCCUGUCAUAUCACAGAACAGUGCGUAAAAGGUUACGAAAAGCCGCAGUACACGAAACGAGACGAUAACAAUGAGGAUGAUGUUCAGCAAGCACAGCAUGGAAGAUCGAAAAACCACACAUACUAGCAUUCCACAUCCAAUCAAGCUUUGCAUCAUGUAUGCAUUUAUUGGUGAUAACAUUGAAAAUAAAAUGGCAUAAUUUAUUCAUUCGCCAUAAAUCUAACAAUAGAAUAUAUCAGAAAAAAAAAUAAUGUCAUCAAAAUCAAUUUGACAAUUUUAAGUGUCAUACAUCAAAUACAGUGAAAUAAAUUCUGAUCAUAAUUAAAAUAAACUGACUAUUAAGACAUGAAAAUAUGAAAUAGAGAAUUACUAAUUGAAUAUAAUUGAAAAUAUUGUAAAAAAACCAUAUAACCAUAUAAUACCAAUAAAGAAAAUUUCGAUGCAAUAACUCAAAAUAAAUUUUUCAUAUAUUGUUAUGCCAGGAUUGUUUGUAAAGAGGGUACUAAUGUUGUGUUAAGAAAAAUUUUAAAAAUCUUAUAACUUGAUUAAUAAUAAUAAAUUAAAAAAUAAAUACUUGUUUGCUGAUGGAAAAAUAAUAUUAAUUGCGAGAAAAAUUAAUAAUAAAAUUGCGAGAAAAGCCGAAAAAAAUGAACAAAACGAUAAAAUAUAUUAUUUUAUGUCGAAAUAUAAUAUAAAUAAAAAUGUCUAUGUAAUAUAUUGUAUAUAUUAUUAUAGAUUAGCAAAAAAGAAAAUGUGAAUAAUGUAUGACUUGUAUGUAAUUGUUCAUCUAUUUAUAGAUUAUCUUACAUGAUAUACAUCUCACUAUUAUAACUUACUGUUUUAAUUGUACAAAAAGAAAAAAGAAAGGAAAGAAAAACGAAGAAAAAGACUGUAAAAAAUAUAAUGUGGAGUGACAAGAAU